AUGAGCGUCGGGGGCACAGUAUAUGCACACAGAUAUCGAUAUGUGUACAUUGAAGGAGAAGCUGAUUUGAUUGCGAGGGCUCGACUGGAACUGGAUGAAAUGUGUCUGCAAAGAUUAGAACACAAGUACAAUGAAGAAAAAGGAAACACCGAGCAUUUAGUUAACUACAUUCAUCAUAUUCCAGAGGAAGUCGCCGAAAAAAUGCGCUUCCAGCGAGUGUUCAAUGAAGCAAUGCGCAGAAGGAAAAGAUGUGGUGUCCAAAUCGACCAUCAACGGAAUCCGCACACCGACGAAGACAAUCCACCGAUGGAAAUCCGUGGACGCGCAAACCGAAUCCGUGAAGGAAAACGUUGUUUGGAUAACGGGAGAAACGACAGCGACCGACAGAAUCUCUGGAGAUCCAGGACAAAUUCAGAAGGCUCGAAUUGA